AUGCCAAAGAAAACUGGAGCCAAGCGUACUGAAAUCGACUGGAACUUAUUCGUUCACCAACCAGAUGCGCUAGUCAACAAUGACCAUGCCGAAGCUACAAAGCAAAAUUUGAAGCACAUAGAGCGCAAUUUUCGCAAGUUGGUCGAUCUGUCAUCUCACUUGUCACUUACAAAUAAUGCCAGGUUUACCCAAAAACUAGACCCUCCUAAUGCUCAACAGUGGCUCAAGAACAUCACAUUAAGGGUAGUUAAAGGAUUUCUUCGAUGGUAUCUCGACAACCACAACGUGGAAUAUCAGUCCACUUUCCUUGUUUUUGCAAGGUAUUUCAGAAUGUAUUGGUGUGAAGAAAUGUGCCGCGAAUUUUCUUACGAUCUUCGUCGCAAAAUGACCAUGAUCAGCAUCAGCAACAAAUGCUUACUACUAAAGCUCGUAUGCACCACGCUUACCGACGAGUACGAGCUUGAUCUUGGUGGUAAAACACAGCUAUUAGUUAACAUCGACGAUCUUCUGUACUCGACCUAUCACCUGCUUGCUGUAUGUGAUAUUGCAUUCCCUACCUUUCGCUGCCGAAGCCAAUUAAGCACGUUACGGAAAAUAAUGACUUCCACAUCGGCUCGACCUAGAACACUUAUUAAGUCUUCCGGCUAUAUGAAGAGUAAUGAUGCAUUGAAAUGGAAGGAUAUUAAGUUAUAUAUAGUGAAAAAUCCCGACAAUCCGAUAUGCCAGGUCCUCCUUAUAAGAGUCACACAUAGGCUGAACAAAGGCAAGAGGAAUAAAGGCGUACCGAUAUUCUCGAGUAUGCGUUUCUCGAUGACGCGUUUGCAAAACCUCACAAAGGUCCCGGAGCACCGACUUAGUACCCCUAUUCACUUCAAAGAGACUAUCAAAGAAAUUCCAAUCUUUAGAAGGGCUAUAAAGAAUGAAGAGGGACUUUAG